AUGGCCAGUGUGGCUCAACAACAAAAAACGGAACUUCAUCAAGCUCAAUAUGCUGCGUAUAAUGGAAUGGCGGUAUAUACCCCGCCUCCUCCCUCGACUGCAUCUCCGCCUCCACAUGGACAACAACCGACUGCGCCUCAGGGAGAACAGCAAAAUACAGCCGAAGCCUAUGCAGCAUAUUGGGCCCAAUACAGUUACGAUGUCAACUCUCCCCAGUUCUAG